CCUCAUCGAAGAAGAAGUUAAACCUCAUCGAGGAAGAAAAAGAAGUUGACGUCUGAUUUUUACUUCUGUGUUCUAAGUGAAAGUAAGCAACAUCGAGGCCACGACACCGAACUUACUGGUUGAGAUCGAAGCUCAGUAAAGGGAAAUCAAAGCUGUGUAAAGGAAAUAACAGUAACCAUGGCUCCAACAUUGUAUGAUAAGAAGCCGGAGCCAGGGGAUCUGAUAGAGAUAUUCAGAGGGAAAUACCAGCACUGGGCUUUGUACGUUGGUGACGGUUUUGUUGUUCACCUGGCCCCACCCUCCGAGGGACCUGGGGCCGGGGCCAACAGCAUGAUGUCUGUGCUCAGUGACAAGGCUAAGGUGAAGAAGGAAGAGAUCUGGGACGUGGUGGGGCAUGAUCAGUGGUGUGUAAACAACCUGCUGGAUAAGAAGUACCAGGUCAGACCCAUACGUGAGAUACUGAGGGAAGCCCAGGCCUAUGUGGACCAGGAGAUGCCCUACUGUGUCUUCAGGGGGAACUGUGAGCACUUUGUCACAGAUCUGAGAUAUGGAAAGGCUGAGUCUCGACAGGUUCGUCAGGCUGUGGAAACUGUGGGAAUGGCUGCAAUGGUGGGCUUCGGAGUCCUUGCUGUUGCAGGUAUCGCAGUGUCCAUCUUUGGAGGUGGAAGCAAGAAGAAGAAUGAAGAAGAAGAAUAUAAGUGACCAACUGUAUAAUAGCUUCCUGAGCAGCCAGUCACCAAUAAGCCUAAUAGAUUGUUUUUUAAACUACAGUACUGCCAUCGUCACUUGUAUAAUUAUGGUGUUUUCAGAAGGAAGGGUUGAGUAUUUCCAUAAUAUUUUUUUUUACAGUUACACAGACAUGAAUUGAAAGCACAAAGGAAAGGAGGAAAGUGUCUGUUAUAAUUCUAAGGUAUACAGCCUUGGCGGGGCCAUAACCUUGCAGGCUGCUAGACUAAGCUAGCUGUUUUUUAUUUUUUAUUGUCAGUUACUUAUAAGCAGUGAUGGAAAAAGUACACAGUUGUCAUACUUGAGUAAAAGUAAAGAUAACAAUAGAAAAUUACUCAAGUAAAAGUGAGUCACCCAGUAAAAUAAUACAAGUUUUCAAGUAUUUGGCUUUAAAUAUACUGAAGUAUAAAAAGUAAACGUCAUGGCUAAAAUGUACUUAAGUAUCAAAAGUAAAAGUAUAAAUUAUUUCAAAUUCCUUAUAUUUAGGAAACCGGACGGCA